UCCCCUUCAGCGCGUGACGUUAACUCAAUAAGCACAUGACAGGAGAACCCUUCCUUCAUUCGAUCGGUAACCAGCAGACGAAAACAUCAUGGUGUCUCGCCUCGCCCUCAUCUGUACCCUAGCCGUAGUGCUGUACUACCCCCGGGCCUUGGCCCAGCUACGGACAGCGAAGAACUGCUGCCUUCCCAAACAGUGGGAAGGUUUUCAGGGUGGAAUCGGCGGUGUCGAGACAGACAAAGGGGGACAAGCGGUGCAGACUAUAGCCAAGAUAACCUUCGACGCAGUCGGCCGUAGGGUGUAUGCCUACUCCAACAGUACCACGGCGGCAGGAAUGUCCUCCACCAAGCUGAUUCAAGACUACAAGACGAAUACCAUGUAUGUUAUUGAUGUGUUGAAGAGGACAUGCCAGAAGACAAAGACUAAUUUGCCUUUCAACAAUGGAUGUGUGCCUGAUGACGCCAAGCAGGUGUUUGAUAUGACAAUUGGAGCUGGAGUGAGACACUGCAGGCGAAGAUCUACUCAAUGCGACUGCAGCAGGCGUCGACCCUGUUGGACAUCAACUUUAGUGUCACAGAGAAACAGUGUGUCCCUGUCGGGGAGAACUGGGUCGGAUCGGUUAACAACGUCAAGCUGGUCAUGUCGAUGGGGUACUUCGACAUCACCCCUGGGAUCAAAGACCCCUCUGUCUUCACCCCUCCAGCCUUCUGUAAACAGAACAUAACCGGUGACGCAGCAUUCCACCCAGUCCUCAACUACAGGAUCUUAGGCCUGUAAAUGAGACGCUGUCACCAUAGCAACAUAGCAGUUUUCAUAAUCCAAAUUUUAAUUUGCUUCAAGCUUUUUACAAAUUUACUGAUCGAGACACCUUGGUAGUGCCCGUCUCUUCUAACACAACUCGGCUGUUCGAUCUGUAAAAACAUGAUGUCAUCAUGACGUCACCGCUCGAGUCUUUACAUAGCCUGAUUUUAUAGGCACCUUUACUGAUUGUGUAACAUUACAUUUCUAUCUCAGUGUAAAUCUCUUCUUAUACAAUGUGGAUGUCUGAUCUGUAAAAUCAUUGUGAUGUCAUCAUGAUGUCAUUGCACACCUCUUCACAUCAUCUGCAAGAAGACCACUGUUCGGCUUCUCCCGAAACUACAUGAGUUGGCAUUACAUUAAUUAUGCUUACACUGUUGUGCAUAUCGUUUACCAAGACUUGACAGAAAUAGGUGACCUUGUGAUUGUUGUAAUGUUGGUACAAGUUGUCUCCCCUAUAAUUGAAAAUGAUUGUUUGUUUGUUUGUUUGUUUGUGUUUUUGCUUUUUUUAAUCAAGAGAACUUAUCCUUGUUUCACAUGUUAUUUUAUCUACACUUGUAGUGCACAUGGACUAAAAAAUCUAAUAACAGCUGAAACAUUAAAUAUAUCCAUUAUUUUCAAACCUCUCACAAGACCAUUGAAAUUUGAAUCUGAAUUUUUAUUACAUACAGCUGUUUUUCAAGUAUGACAAACCAUUCCAUACCUUUUUCUUUGUACAUGUGAGUCAGAUGUUUUUAGAGAAAAAAUAAUAAAUAUAUUUUUUGUA